AUGGCGCCGAAAGCCCACGAUGCCGGGGAGAUGGGCGACCUGCGGGCGGCAGGCGAGACGCUGCGGGCUUCCCUGGGUUUCCGCGCACGGCUCGUGGCUGCAGCCGACGGUGCGACGCCGCCGGAAGGAGCCAAGAAGGUCCACUUCAUCCGGCACGGCGAGGGCUUUCACAACGUGGCGCAGCGAGAGUGGCGCGCCAAGCCAGAUUGGGACGGGAAGUCCGAGCCAUACACCCUGGACCAGGAUCCCGACGGAAAGUUCGAGGACCCCUUGCUGACGCCCAAGGGCGAGGGCCAGGCCAAGGACUUGCAGCCGCGCGUGGCGUCUCUGGCACCGGAGCUGCUCGUCGUCUCGCCCAUGCGGCGUGCCACGCAAACUGCCCUGAUCGCAUUUGAGCGCCAGGUGGCUGGAGGUGAGUUGCCGGUGCUGGCGCACGAGCUCUGCCAUGAGCGGGCCGGCCGCCACACCUGUGACCGUCGUUUGCCGAAGACAAAGCUGGCUGCCCUCUACCCGGCCGUGGACUACAAGCUCAUUGACAGUGAGGAGGAUCCGUACUGGGGCGACGGCUGGACGCGCGAGGAUCUGCCGACUCUGGCUGCGCGAGCAGCCGGCUUCAUCGACUGGCUCUUGGCGCGGCCGGAGCGGCACGUGGCGGUGGCAGCGCACUCUGCGCUCCUGCUGGCCGUCUUCAACGCGGCGUGCGAGUGCGAGUGCGCGGACACCCGGUCUCACUUCGAGACCGGCGAGAUGCGCACCGUGCUGCUCUCAGUAGAACGCUAA